GCUACUCGAGCAACAUGGCCUCUCUGAGGAAGGAAGCGUUGGUCGAGAUCGCAGUCGGUUCUGACGACAAUAGGAUGUCAUCAGUCCAGACUCUCCGACAGUACGUCAACGAUCGCCUGGCCGCCGCUGCUCGAGAAAUCUUCCAAGUGUUCGAGCUCACCGUGUCCGGGUUGGAAGAAGAGGUGGACCGCCAGCGGAAACAGUUGGACGGGCUCCUGAAGCCCGCGGUUCUUCUGCAGAUGAGAGAUGUGCAACAGCUGGCCAAUACUGAGGAGUUUCAUCCUGAGCAGCAUGAGUGGAGUUCCUCUGUACAACAGACUGGAUCUGCACCCGUACCUGCCACUGAGGAAGAAUUAAAUUUUGUCAUUGUGAAGAUUGGAGAUGAUGGAGUCGUAACUCAGCCCCUGAACCUUCCUCAAGCAGAAAUAGAAGAGCCUGCAAGCAGCAUUUCAACUCAGCAUCUGAUGGCAAGGUCUGACCAAGUAGCAGCAGCUGCAGCCCCCGAGAUAUUGACCACAGUCCGUCAAGUUCCAGAAGAAGAGCAUUCACUCUCUUCUGAGUCCGAUACUGAUGACAGCAGUCACUGGAGGGAAACCAGUGACACCACAGUGACUUCAAAACGCCAUUUGUAUAAGAAAAGAGGUGACACUAAUGACACUUCACUCACCUGUCCUGGAUGCGGGAGAAUAUGUACAUCCAAGUCUGGGCUAAGUAUGCACAAAAGAAUGUGCACUGGAGAAGUCACGUUCACUUGCUCGUUUUGUAGGAAAAGUUUUAACAAGAGAAGUGUUUUGAAAAAACACAUGAAGAUACACACUGGAGAGAGACCAUUCUUCUGCACGGUGUGUAGUAAACGUUUCAUAGAGAGGGGGAAGCUGAAGGUCCACAUGAGAAUUCAUACGGGAGAGAAACCUUACAGCUGUUCUGUGUGUGGGAAGCGUUUCAUUGAGCGGUCAAACUUGAAGAUCCACAUGAGGAUUCACACAGGGGAGAAACCAUAUAGCUGUUCGGUAUGUGGCAAAUGUUUCAACCAGUGUACCCUCCUGAAGACCCACAUGAUCAGUCACACAGGAGAGAAACCGUUUAGAUGCUCAGAAUGUGGUAAGUCUUUCACUGGAAGAGGAACCCUGAAUGUUCACAUGAGAACUCACACCAGGAACAAACCGUUCAGCUGCUCAAAGUGUGGCAAGAAUUUCCCUGACAAGGGCUAUUUGAGAAAACACAUGCUCAGUCAUGAUCAAGGAGAAGACCGGAAUUAGUCUGACGAAACAAACAAGAUCAAGAGUCAUGAAGCUGGUAACAGGAUAGUCAUUCAGCCAAGCACAUCAAGGUUUGUACGCUCAGUAGGUCAAUGUACUUGAAAUUAUUAAGACAAGUUGACAAUAAAUAAUUAGUGAUUAGACAUUUUUAUAUACUUUACAUGACAUUUAUGCUUAUUUGUAUAGUGAGACUCUGCGGAGUGAAUGUAAAAGUGAUGAGCGGAUUCAGGUUGAGAGGAGGAUCAUCUCUUCUUGAUUGCCAUUGUGAAGAGCAGACAGGACAAGAUAUAGAGGACCAUGAUGUUUGCUGACAGUAUAGUGAUCUGCGGUUAGCGCAAAGAUGAGCUGAAGAGGAAUGAGUUGCAGUUGCAACAAGGUAUCUCAAAAAAAAGUUGUAAAACCUUUGCGGGGAUGACAGCGAGGAGGGAAAGUGAAGCUAGAGGCCGCUGUGAUGAUGAAGACAUCUGAGGCAUUUGUGGUAAAUGAGCCAGUGGCAAGACCUUGUGCUACACAGGAAGCCCAUUUUCACAGCUCUCUUGUGCAAGAUGUAAGAAAUGGAAUCAACCCUCACAACCGCACAUGUGCGCCGGCCUGCAACAGCGGUGCAUGGCAGUAUGUAAAGGCGGUUGAAUGUUUGAGAUUCUCUCCAGUUCCAGCCGUGUCUUCCAUCAAUGUGCACUAGCGUAAAGCACACUGAUCGCUACCAAACUAGCUGCUGCGAUGGCAUUUCUACUGGGACAGACUGGUUGCAAUCGGUGCGCUUUAUGUGGGAUGACAUUGGACCUCGGUGUGUGUAUAACAUGGUAUUACUUGUUCAGUUUGACCAUCUGUAACCACUGUAAGACUGAGUGGCAGUGAGUGGAGAAAUGCAGAAAAAAGAGGAACACUAGAUGACAAAUAUGAACUCUCACUCAUCGUUCAGGGCCAUGGAUAAUCUCCACUGAAAAAAGGUUUUGCUGACGGACGUUUCUUGUUAACUCUACUUUUUUCGUUAUUGCUUGCGCAUAAUGCAGUAAUAUGUAUAUUUAUGUUGUCAUGUAUCAUUUUUCUAUUUCCUGUGGCAGAAAUCAGGGAAAAGAAAUUUUAAACUUUAUUUGUAAGAAGAUGUUAAGAUGCAAGUUAGAUUUUUAUUUCCCUUGGACUAAUUUUUGCACCUUCAGGAGGAGUCACCAGCUCUGCAGUUUUGAACCUUGGUUUAUGUUGCAAGUCUAAAGAGUCACACAAGGAUGAAUCCGGAGGAGACCGUUUGGCUGCCCAGAGAGCAUAAAAUCCUUUACAGGAAUGUGAAGUCGCACGGUCAAACUUGAAACUGAAGCGCAAAACAGAAAGAGGAAGAGAAAAGCUCACAGAAACAUGCCUCAUGGAGGAGAAUGUCCCAAUGUAGGGCAACUGAAGAAACUUGAGAGGAAUUGCUGCACCAAAUGUUUGUUACACUGGAAGUCUUUUACUUGUUUAAGAUACUAUUUUACAUUGGGACAUGCAUGAAGUUCAUAUCAACCAUGUAUGUAAUGUUCAGAACUGGCAGGACACCAGGGAG